CCUGCGUCAGGCUCAGCCCUGCACGCUGCCGCUGCCGGAGGCCGGGCGCGGCGAGGGGGUAGGUGAGGCCAUCGCGUAACCCAGAGUGGAGGAGGAGCGGCCAGAACCCGGAGCUGGCCCUGGCGGGCGGAAGUCGAGGUGCGCGUCUCGCCCCCAGGCUGGUGUUCCCCGACCCUGGAGACAGAGGCUCAGAGCCUGGCAUCCCUGAGAGAGGAGGGCUGAUCGGCCAGGACACGCCCAGUCUCAGCAGGUGCCCAGGUUCAGGUGCUGCACCUGGCCAUGCGCCGCCACAGGCUGGCCAUCGGCCUGGGGGUCUGCCUGCUGGUAGGGACGGUACUCUGCACUCUGUGGGUGUAUGUCGAGGACUGGCUGCCCGUCUCCUACGUCCCCUAUUACCUCCCCUGCCCAGAGAUCUUGUUGCUGUUCAGAGGGACGGUGACACAUCACACGCUCAGAUCCACACACUCACCACUCCCAGCUGGGCAGCUGCAUUGCAUCUGGGCCAGCGCUGGAAGGACCGGGUAUUAUGAGAAACAAAGACCACACCACCUUGCUGAUUCCAGAGAUGGGAGCAACAUGAAGCUGCAGUACAAGGGGGAGAAGCUGUUCCAGCCUGUGGCACAGUCACGGUACCCCCAGCCCAAGCUGCUGGAGCAGAGGCCCACAGAGCUGCUGACGCUGACGCCCUGGCUGGCGCCCAUCGUGUCCGAGGGAACCUUCAACGCCGAGCUUCUGCAGCACAUCUACCAGCCGCUGAACCUGACCAUCGGGCUCACGGUGUUCGCCGUGGGGAAGUACACCCACUUCGUCCAGCACUUCCUGGAGUCGGCCGAGCGGUUCUUCAUGCACGGUUACCGGGUAUGCUACUAUGUCUUCACCGACGACCCCACGGCCAUUCCCCAGGUCCCGCUGGGCCCUGGCCGCCGCCUCGGCAUCAUCCCCAUCCAGAGGCACUCCCGCUGGGAGGAGAUCUCCACGCGCCGGAUGGAGAUCAUCAGCCAGCACAUUGCCAAGAGGGCGCACCAGGAGGUGGACUACCUCUUCUGCGUCGAUGUGGACAUGGUGUUCCGGAACCCGUGGGGCCCUGAGACCUUGGGAGACCUAGUGGCUGCCAUUCACCCGGGCUACUAUGCUGUACCCCGCCAGCAGUUCCCCUACGAGCGCAGGCAUGUUUCUACUGCCUUCGUGGCAGACGGUGAGGGGGACUUCUAUUAUGGAGGGGCGGUCUUUGGGGGGCGGGUAGCCAACGUGUACGAGUUUACCAGGGGCUGCCACAUGGCCAUCCUGGCAGACAAGGCCAAUGGCAUCAUGGCAGCCUGGCAGGAGGAGAGCCACCUGAACCGCCGCUUCAUCUCACAUAAGCCCUCCAAAGUUCUAUCCCCAGAGUACCUCUGGGACGACAGGAAGCGCCAGCCACCCAGCCUGAAGCUGAUCCGCUUUUCUACACUGGACAAAGACACCAGCUGGCUGAGGAGCUGACAGCAGAGCCAGGGCUGCCCUGGAGGGCGACCCCAAGCCCUGGAGCCAGCCCACCCCACAGGAGCACCCAGCUUGCCCCAGAAGAGCACCCAGCCCGCCCCAGAGGAGCACCCACCUCACCCCAGCGGAGCACCCACCUUGCCCCAAUGGAGCCGCCUUGUACCAGUGCCUCACUCCUCAAGCCUUAGCUGAGCCCAGCCCUGUCCUGCUUACCUCUCAGUCUGCCAGGAGAAUCCAGCCAGAAAAUGGAUGUGGCAAGGCCCUUGUAAACUGUAAAGGGCUGGGCCUACUGGAGGAGAACCCAGAGGUCACACAGCAGCAUGGCCCCAGAAUGGUCGGACACGAGGAAGGGAGACCAGAGCUCAAAGAGGGUAGGCCUUCCCCCACAGACGUGCCUUCGGGGCAGGAUCUGGAGUCCCGGCUCUGCUCAGGGCCUGCGUCCCACCCCUGCCCCUCUUGUUGCCGAUUGCCCUUAAAGCUACACUUCUGACAUCCUGGUGUGAAAGGUGUCCCAGACCCCUUCUGUCUGGCUGAGGGGCUCCCGGGUACCGUGAUGUCCCCCAGCCACAUGGAGCCAGUUCCUCACUCAGGGCCCCGGAGCGAGCCUUUGACAUGGACCAGCUCUAGGCUCUCUCUGGUUUCAGGUCCAGCCUGCACCCACUGGCGGACCACACUCUCGGGCACUAGCCGCCUCCUUUGUAAGGGGGUCGGGCCAGUUUUUAAUAAAGGUUACAUGUGCUAGGCCCUAA